CAUUGGGUGUUUGAGCCAAGAACCGUCAGUUCGACAGAAUCAGUACGACACGGCGGGUUAAAUGGUUAAAAUCGCGCGUGUUGGUCAAUGCUGAAUUACAACAACGGCUGUCAUACGGCAUAUUACGGUUAACAAAACGAGCUAAGCCAUACGUCGUCGUUCGGUCAAUGCGUCGUGUGUGUGUGUUUCACAGAGCAGAGAAGAAGAAAAAAAAAACAGGUGCGUUAAAUCUAAAACAACAACAAAAAAUAAAAGCGAAUCAAAAAAAAAUUAUGAAAAUCAAAAAAAGAUAUUCAUUCAAUAGAUAAGAAUCACAAAAGCGAAAAGUGUUAAGGAAUUUACUAUGAAUGUCAUGAAUAAAAGAGAAGAAUCAUAAUCAGAAAAUAAAAACGCCAACAACAGCAGCAGCAAUAAGUACAAGGAAACGAUAACAAAACAAAAAAUAACAACCAGCAUAGCAGCAGUAGUAUCCAAUGGAUAGCAAUAGAGAGAUUGCAGCUCAGCACAAAUAACAACAAAAACAACAGCAACGUCUAUGAUAACAGCAACAACAAAAUAGAAUUAUAAAUUAUUAUAGUUGUCUCAAAAUAAAAAAUUACGAAUAUUUUCAGAAAAAGCAAAGAAGUGAAAGAAUAAAGCAAAAAAAAAAGAAAGUUAAAAUUAAUUGCGAUUAAAAAAUUCUUGAAAUCGAAGCAACAUUUCAAGUAUUUCGUUUUGUUUAAAUAGUGUAAAAGUGAAUUGGAAUAUCGUGGCAACAACAACAUUUUAACGACUCACCGUUUUUUUGGCCGGGAAUUGAGUGAAUUGAUAAAGAUAAAAAUUUCGAAAAUAAUAUAAACAACAACCUCUUCCACAAUACAUCACCGGUUUUGCGGAUAAUUUAACAUUUCCUUUCAUCACUCCAAAAAAAAAAUCCCAUGAAUUAUUAAAAUAAGCUAAAAACUAGCAAUGUCCGCGCUGUGAAAUGCUAGACAGGGACGAAAAUAAAGCAGAUAAAGGCACUUUUCAACAAGUCCCAAGACAGAGCAGGGUGGUGGACUAGCAGCUAUCAGUUCAAGCCGGCAGGACAUAUUCCUCGAGAGUAUUUAAGCAAAUGACCCAAAACAAUUAGAAGCUUAAACAAUUAAAAAAGGAGGACGAAACUAGCAAACGAUAAACGCGAAGCAGAGCAGAGGCUGGCAAACCCCAAAUGUCACAACAAAACUAAGCCAUUUAAAGCUGUGAGUUAAGCAAUGGGAUGGGAUGGAGCAUAACAAUCCAGGCACAAAACUAUGAGCAAUGAAGGCUAACCAGCACAACAAAAACACAAACAAACUCCAAUAAAAAAGGAUAUUUUGGAGGAUACAAAACAACAAUAGCACAACAAAAAAACUGUAAAGCUCAAAACAAAAAACCCAACUAACAAAGAACUUGCCAGACAAAGAAAAAAAGAGAGAAAAGAGGAAAAGUAACAAAUCAACAUUCAUAAAAGUAAGGCAGACAAGUAAACGGAAAUUCGCGCAAAGGCGUCCAACAAAAAAAAUCUUCCAAAAAAAACGAGGACAAUAGAAAGGCAGCCAGGAUAUUUCCUUUGAACACUUGAAAAGUGACAUAUCCUUUGUUGUCACAAAACGAAGAGAACCCGAAGCAAGGAAGGAGAGGACCUCCACAAAAGCCCCACAUGCAAUUCAAGCUGCCAAAUGUAAUUAAACUACACUCAAGCACAAAAGUAUGACACAAAUAUAGCAUAGCCGGUAACAAAGACCUAGUUUCGUUUAAGCGCGAGGAAGAAGAAGAAGAAACCGCUUCCAUAGCAGCCUUAGCUUAGAACGAAAAACAAAAACAAACCUCAAGAGCAUUUGUUAAUUGCCAUUGUUUACAGACCAUUUCCUCCCGCACUUGUUCCACUUUUUUCUCUCUUACUCUCACCCCACUCUCUUCUUCGACGAAAACAACGAAAAUGGCUUUUAUAUGGCGACGACGUUCCACUUCAAUUGUGAAAAUAAUUGCCAUUUUGAUGGCCAUUUGGUUUUUCGUUGCAUUCUUCAUUUACACCGAUGAUGCACGCCGUGAUCCGGCGGCCACAAACAAAUGGAAUGCCAUGAAUCUGCCGUGGCAGCGUUUCGGUGGUGCUGCAGCCGGCAAUGGAGCAGCAGCCAUUGUUGCCGGUUCCGGUUUGGCCAACAAUCAAGUGGACACCUAUGAACGUGAGGCCGGAGCCUUUGAGGCCGGUGGUGGUUUUGGUGUUGCCAACAAUCCUGGUGUGGCUGGUGGAGGUGGCGCCAAUGAUGAUGAUGAUGGCGUUGCAGCAGCCGAUGUACCCAUCGCCCAGCCGGAUGAAGCAAACAACAAUAAUAACGGCGAUUUAAUGGCCGGUGGCGGCCUGGACGAUAAUGCCGAUAUCAAUGAAGGCGAUGAGUCCAUCUUGAAUAAUGUCAUUGUCCAGCAUCCUAAUGACAGAGUUUAUCAUGGCAAAUUAAUUGCCGGCGCUGAGAGAGGAAAUCCCAACGAUGAAGGCAAAAAUGUACUCGCCCCACCAUCACCACCCAAAGAUUCGCCCGGCGAGAUGGGUAAGCCGGUAACACUGCCCGCCAACAUGACUGAAGAAAUGAAAAAAGCCGUUGACGAUGGCUGGCAAAAGAAUGCCUUUAAUCAAUAUGCCUCGGAUAUGAUUUCAGUGCACAGGACACUACCCGAUCCACGGGAUGCAUGGUGUAAAGAGCCGGGACGUUAUCAAAAAGAUCUGCCAGCCACUGAUGUAAUUAUUUGUUUCCACAACGAGGCGUGGUCCGUGCUGUUGCGUACCGUACACUCCGUUUUUGAUCGUUCACCCGAACAUUUGAUAGGCCAUGUAAUACUGGUAGAUGACUACUCUGAUAUGCCCCAUACGAAAAAACAAUUGGAAGACUAUUUUGCUGCCUAUCCAAAGGUUAAAAUUUUACGUGCACCAAAGCGUGAAGGUUUAAUACGCGCCAGACUGCUCGGUGCACGCCAUGCCACCUCACCGGUCCUAACAUAUUUGGAUUCGCAUUGUGAAUGCACCGAAGGUUGGCUGGAACCACUGCUGGAUCGCAUUGCUAGAAAUUCAACGACGGUUGUGUGUCCCGUUAUCGAUGUCAUCGACGACACAACAUUGGAAUAUCAUUAUCGUGAUUCGGGCGGUGUUAACGUUGGCGGUUUCGAUUGGAAUUUGCAAUUCAAUUGGCAUGGAGUGCCCGAACGGGAGAGGAAACGCCAUAAGAACUCCGCCGAACCGGUGUAUUCCCCCACCAUGGCUGGUGGCCUGUUUUCCAUAGACCGGAAAUUCUUUGAAUUGCUGGGUACCUAUGAUCCAGAUUUUGAUAUUUGGGGUGGUGAAAAUCUGGAGCUGUCCUUCAAGACAUGGAUGUGUGGUGGCACUUUGGAAAUUGUGCCCUGUUCACAUGUGGGCCACAUCUUCCGCAAGAGGUCGCCCUAUAAGUGGCGUUCAGGCGUUAAUGUACUCAAAAAGAAUUCGGUGCGCUUGGCUGAAGUCUGGCUGGAUGAUUAUGCAAAAUAUUAUUAUCAACGGAUAGGCAAUGACAAAGGUGAUUAUGGCGAUGUCACGGCGAGAAAAGAAUUACGCCAACGUUUGGGUUGCAAAAGUUUCAAAUGGUAUCUGGACAAUGUCUAUCCGGAACUCUUUAUACCAGGUGAAUCGGUAGCCUAUGGCGAGAUUGCCAAUAUCGAAACCGAUAUGUGUCUCGAUUCAGCCGCCAAACCGGACGACAUGCAAGGUGCCGUCGAUCCUUACAAAUGUCACGGUCUGGGUGGAAAUCAGUACUGGAUGCUCAGCAAGGCGGGUGAAAUUCGCCGUGAUGAAGCCUGUCUUGAUUAUGCGGGACAUGAUGUUAUACUGUAUCCUUGCCACGGCUCCAAAGGAAAUCAGUUCUGGACAUUUAACAAUGAAACGAAACAAAUUCGCCACGGCUCCUCCGACAAAUGUCUGGCGAUCAAUGAGAAACGUGAUAAAAUCGUCAUGGAGGAGUGCAAUGGCGGUCAGCUGCGACAACAGUGGCGUCUCGAGAACUAUGAUCCAUCGAAAUUGUGAGGUUACUUUUUUGGGAAUGGUACCCAAUUUAUACCAACCUCACUAAUGAUGCAGCACAACAGCAACAACAACUAUGGCCAAUGGAAAUAGCAAAAAUUAAAGACAAGAAAAUGGAAGAAUGGAAUCCAUUACAGACAGCAACAACAACAACAACUACACCAACAAACACAACAUAAUUAUGUGCAAUAUUUUCAAAGGAAAUCGUAAGAAAAAAACACAAAACAAAAAGACAAAGGACUGUGUAUAGAAAAAGAAAACUGACUAACAAAAGAAAAAACCUAGAGACAUUGACACAAAUGACUUUUGUAGUAAAAGUAAAGUAAAAAAGAAAAGAAAAUUAAGAAGAAAAGAAAUGUGAGUCGUAGUAAAAAUUAAUUUUUUGAUAAUAUCUAGUUGUAGUUUUCAUAUUUAGAUGAAUUUUUGUUUGAAUUUUUUAUUUUUUAGAAAAAAAACUAGGCUUUAAUUUAAGUUACUUUUUCAUUUUGUGUUGAAAUU